AUGUCGACACCUCUCCUGUUGCGAGUCUCCUUCACUGGAGAUAGCUCCCUAGCAGACGCUUUUCGCGCGGAAUCAGUAACUCAUAUCAACAAAGAAAAUGAGCAGUUUAUCAGAACCCACCGUCCAAGUCUAUCUUCACAGGAGGAUGUGUGUGUCUCGGAGUCUGUGUUCGGAGAGCCUGUUUGGCUUGUCAGCUCUCCUCUCGCCGCGUCCCAAAGUGUGUUUGCUGGCGGUCGACCUAUCCACUACUACCCCGGAGAUUAUACCAUAGAGACAUCUUAUGGUCCACUCACCCCCCGAUCGCCUGAAAAAUACAACCAGCACUUUGAUCGAUAUAUCAACCCGAGGCGAUUCCUCACACCAGCUGAUCUCGACAGCCUUCGAGAAUUGUUUCCAGAGGCGGUUGGUGCCCACCUACUUAUCGCAGGCUUACUGGUCAUCUUGUUUGAAGAAGAAUGA